GCCUCAUUGGUGCUGAUGAGAGGGAGUGGAGUGCGUCACCGCAUUCUGCAGGAGCGUCGCGUGAUGCAGGUUAUGCGAGAUUUACUACACGUCCACAUAUAGACGAUAGACCUCAAUGGGCAGCUGUAGCUUCGCUAUAUCUGACAGGUUGCUCAAAAGCGAUACUGAGGAGAAAAGCAGCUGCUAUGGAGCCUGAGCGCGCAUCGGUGAAGACGGUAAACACGCGCGGGUGUGACUCAAUGUGUCUUCUGUAGGGCAAACGCGACCGUGGGGUUUCUCUUCUGAAGGAUGGGCUACUCAGAUCCGACAGCUAGUAGAGAUCUGUUGGGAAACAGAUCCCUGUGUUUUAUUUUCAUAUGUGCUUUUGGACUGGUCACCUUAUUUCAGCAAAUCCUCUAUGGCAAGAACUAUAUUAAAAGUGGGCAACAGUUUUCCCGCCUCAAAGGAUUGGAGGUGGGCAACUGGAGCGGGCUCAUUAGUUUCCCCGAUGACGGAGGGAUGAAGCUGGCCAGAAAUGGGAGGAAAAGGUAUCUGGAACGCUCCGAAGGCUCUUUAGAGUUCAACUCCACUUCCUGCAAGGAGCUACGGCAAGAAAUCACAGAUGUGAAAGUACUGACCAUGGUGAAGACAUCAGAGCUGUUCGAGCGAUGGAGGAACCUGCAGGUGUGUAAGUGGGAGCAAAACAAGGAGGAGACAGAUAACUUCAAAAUGUCUCUGUCCCGUUGCUGCAAUGCCCCCUCCUUCCUGUUUACCACUAAGAGAAACACUCCCUCGGGCACCAAACUGCGUUAUGAGGUGGAUACGAGUGGAAUCUUGCACAUCAGCCCGGAGAUCUUUAAAAUGUUCCCUGAUGACAUGCCCUAUUCCAAAUCCCAGUUUAAGAAAUGUGCUGUUAUUGGGAACGGCGGCAUCAUCAAAAACAGCAAGUGUGGACGAGAGAUCGACGCAGCUGACUUUGUCUUCCGAUGUAAUAUUCCUCCCAUCUCAGAUAUGUACAGUGAAGAUGUGGGAUCUAAGACUGAUCUUGUUACAGUAAAUCCCAGCAUUAUAACUGAGAGGUUUCAAAAGUUGGAGAAAUGGAGAAAGCCAUUUUACGACGUUCUGCAGAAUUACAAGAACUCCUCGGUGGUUUUGCCGGCGUUCUAUAACACACGGAACACCGACGUGUCGUUCCGCGUGAAGUACAUGCUGGAUGACUUUGAGUCGUCCCGCGGCGUGUUCUUCUUCCACCCGCAGUACCUGCUGAACGUGCAGCGCUUCUGGGCCGUGCAGGGCGUCCGCGCCAAACGCCUCAGCAGCGGCCUGAUGCUGGUCACCGCCGCCAUGGAGUUAUGCGAAGAAGUGCAUCUCUACGGCUUCUGGGCAUUUCCCAUGAACCCCUCCGGAAUCUUCAUAACGCACCACUACUAUGACAACGUCAAGCCCCGCCCCGGUUUCCACGCCAUGCCGUAUGAGAUCUUCAACUUCAUGCAUAUGCAUGCUCGCGGCAUCGUGCACGUGCACACGGGCCCCUGCAGGUGAAACCGCCAAGCGUCUCUGCAAUCUGAUUGGUCCGUUUUGUAGAGCUCCUCCCAUUCACUGGCGCUACGGAACUCAGACUUAUGUGCGCAAAUCACGGCCUUAAAGGCCAGGCGUUAUAUUACUAUGUGUUUUUACAAUAUCGUGUCGGGACAGUUGCAAAAUGAUACGUGUUUCCUGUUUGGUGAUUUUCCGUGAUGGUGUCGUAUUUGUGUAUCAGAGCAGAUAUCACGUUUUAAACUUUGUGAGGAGGUGCCAAACCAGGCACGAUGCAAUAAAGCGCAACAAUCGGGUUCUGGAAGUAAAAAUUCAUUCAUUUUCUCCAUAGGAAAUUGAUUUUUAAUGGUAAACCUUUUAAGACAGACUUGUUGUGAGUGCUGAGGUUAUUAAUCGAUGGUAAAUGCUUUUGUUGAAGCCAUCUGUUCACAUUAAUUCAACUUAUUUCUAAAAUAAUCAUGUUUAAAGAUGCUGCAUGUCAUUUUUUGACUACUAAAACAAAAAUACCAUAAUGUUAUAAACAUGCUAAGCUCACGUGUUUCUCUGAAAAACAAUGCUACUGCCAGUUAUUCUACUUUGAAAUGUGCGUUCCUUGUCAGAAUGUCUGUUUUUGUUUUGGUCUGUGUGACUCCGCCCACUGCAUGUUUACCCAAUUGUAUCUCAACAUCCCGGGUUGCCAGUUGGCAGAAAACAUAGCAUGUUCCAGCCAUGGAAGCCAGCAAACAAAUUGGGUCAGAUAUAGCAGAAUCUACCCGACAUAAAAAGCCUUGGCAUCCAUCUAAAAUCUCUGAAAAGAGGCAUAUUAAAACGCGGAUAAAUCAACUCAUCAACUUACAGUGUAAGGCUCCUUGCCUACCAUUGUCAGUUGUGCUCGUUCCUGUUAGGUGUCCAAAAUCUGGCAACCCGCAUGAACGUCCGGCUUU